GCUUGGCAUAAAUACUACUAUAGCUCAUAUCCUGUGGUUAAGGAGAGAGACAGUAUAGGAGGAUUCACAAUGGCUGUCAAGUUAUCUGCUUUUUUGUUCUUAUUUGCUGUUUGUGCUGUUAGUUUGUCUACCGGGAUGAGGAAUAAGGAUUUUCUCUAUUGCUCACGUCAAGCAGGAUGCCAAGGACCAAGCAUUUCAAUGGAAAGGGAUCCUGCAUUAUGCUGCAGUAGCAUAGUCAAGGGUCAGUCAUACAGUUAUACUGAGAUCUCUGCAGGCGGUGUCUGCUACUCAUGUUUGACUGCUCGUGAUGAGUUCCUCUAUUGCUACACUAAAGCUGAAUGCCAAGGAAAUGUUGUGGCAAUUGAAGAGGAUAGGGAUGGUAUUCCCACAUGCUGUAGGACUCUCCGUGGGAAGUCAUUCCAACUCAAAGUUAAUGGAAAGUGUCUCGCUUGCCCUAAACUGCUUUAUUAAUGAUUUUAAAUCAAGAGGAAAGAGAAUAAUCAUCAAAGGAGGAGCAUUAUGCAAAACUUAGUUGUAAAAAUUAUGUAGCUUUGUAGUUAAUAAUAAUAAAUUAAGAUUUAUUUUUUGGGUGUGGCUGCUUUUGGGGCGUGUCUUGUAUGGCUGCUGAAGCUGCUAUCUGUGCCACAAAUCUACUCGAGGAUCUAAUCCAGAGAUAAUUAGAGUAAAUUAAGCAUGGCUGCAUGCUCUUCCUCCUCUCUCCGACACAAAGAGAAAGAGACCACGUCCCCAGAGCCUAUAAUAAUACGCUACACUAACUGUAAGGUGCUGAGAGGAGGAGAACUGAAGGAUGGGGACGUGUGGGUGAGAGAUGGUCUAGUGUUGGAUCCAAUGAAGUUGUUCUUUGAAGAAAAGAAGUCAGCCACUGUAACGUAUGACUGCCAUGGGUUGAUUGCCUCACCUGGUUUCAUCGACUUGCAAAUUAAUGGAGCUUGUGGAUAUGACUUCAGCUCUUUUUCGAGUCCAAGUGAAGCUAGAGAAGGAUUGGAGACUGUCUCUAAGCUUCUCUUACAACAUGGCGUCACAGGUUACUGCCCAACUGUAGUCACAUCGUCAAAAGAAUACUAUCAGAAGUUUUUACCAUUGAUGGAAACUAGUGUUGGAGGAAAACAUGGAGCAGCCAUUUUAGGUUUACAUCUCGAAGGCCCUUUCAUUAACAAGAGCAAGAAAGGAGCCCACAAAGAGAUCUAUGUGCAAGAUGAAGAACUAACAAAAGAGAGAAUCCUCUCUUCAUACACAACACUUAAUGAUAUGAAGCAUAACAUCAGCAUUGUAACAUUAGCCCCUGAGCUCCCUGGUUCUGAUGAUGUCAUCCCUUGGCUGGUUGAUAAGGAGGUGGUAGUGUCUUUGGGACAUUCUCUGUCUGAUUUAGAAACGGCUGAGAGAGCAGUUAAAAAUGGUGCUUCACUGAUCACCCAUUUAUUCAAUGCUAUGCUACCUUUUCAUCAUCGUGAUCCUGGUAUUGUUGGUCUUAUUACUAGUCUUAAGCUAGAUCAACGGCCUGUAUAUUAUGGCCUGAUUGCUGACGGUCAUCACACGCACGAGACUGUCCAAAGGAUUGCAAACAAUGCUAACCCACAAGGCGUUGUACUGGUGACUGAUGCACUACCAUUGUUUUGUCAGGAGAGACAGACCGAGUUAUUCCAGCUGGGGGAGAUGAUGAUUGAGCGAAAAGGAAACAAAGCUGUAGUUGCUGGAACUAAUAAUCUAGCAGGAGGGAUCACUUCAAUGAAUGAAUGCGUGGCACAGUUUUAUGAAGCGACAGAUUGUAGCAUACAGGCUGCUCUUGAAGCAGCAAGUUUGCAUCCAGCCCAAGCUCUUAAUAUAAAGGACAAAGGUCAUCUUGAGUAUGGAGCGAAAGCGGACAUUGUGUUUCUGACUCCGCCCCCUUCUCAAGGAGGAGGUGACCGGAGAGAAGGAGAGAGAGGGUUUGAUGUGAUUGCUACAGUAAUCGAAGGAGAAAUAGUAUACGAGUCUUUAUCGGCAGUAAACAGAUUAACCGUUAUGUAAUUAAUAUAGAUAUUAUUAUUAUUAUUAUUAUUUAUUGUUAUAGUGCGUUUUAAUAUUUUUAGUAUAGCCUUGAUUAUAGAUUAA